AAUUAACGUCAGGCGAGCAUUUUUAUCUGAAGUCAGGAGAUGGUUGGCACCAUGAGUGCUGAAACUGUGAAAGAUGACUACGACUACUCAGACUGGUACGAAAAUGCAUUGCCCACCAAACCUCCUGUCGAAGUUAUCCCACCAUGUGACCCCACAGCUGAUGAAGGCCUCUUCCACAUAUGCAUUGCUGCAAUAUCUCUGGUGGUCAUGCUGGUUCUCGCCAUCCUGGCCAGACGACAGAAGCUGGGUGACAAUCAAAGGGGACUUACAGGUUUACUCAGCCCAGUAAACUUUUUAGACCACACACAACACAAGGGUCUUGCCGUAGCCGUGUAUGGCGUUCUCUUCUGCAAGCUGCUUGGAAUGGUCCUCAGUCACCAUCCUCUUCCCUUCACUAAAGAUGUCACGAACAAAGAGUUCUGGCUGAUCCUGGCUCUGUUAUACUACCCCGCGUUGUACUACCCUCUUCUGGCCUGCGGUACGCUGCAUAACAAGGUGGGUUACGUCUUGGGCAGCCUGCUGUCGUGGACACACUUUGGAGUUCUGGUCUGGCAGAAGGUGGACUGUCCCAAAACGCCACAGAUCUAUAAGUACUAUGUGCUGUUCAGCAGCCUUCCUCAGAUCGCUUGUCUGGCUUUUCUUAGUUUCCAGUAUCCACUGCUUCUGUUCAAAGGCUUACAGAACACAGAGACGAGCAAUGCCUCUGAGGACCUCAGUAGCAGUUAUUACAGAGAUUAUGUGAAAAAGAUUCUCAAGAAGAAAAAGCCCACCAAAAUCAGUUCCAGCGCAUCAAAACCAAAACUGUUUGAAAGACUCAGAGAUGCUGCCAAGUCUUACAUCUACACACCAGAGGAUGUUUUUAGGUUCCCUUUGAAACUAGCGAUCUCUGUGGUUGUGGCGUUCGUUGCACUUUAUCAGAUGGCGCUCUUACUGGUCUCAGGCGUGCUGCCCACCCUACACAUCGUCCGCAGAGGAGUAGACGAAAACAUCGCCUUCCUGUUGGCCGGUUUCAAUAUCAUCCUGUCAGAUGACCGUCAGGAGGUGGUCAGGAUUGUAGUGUAUUAUUUGUGGUGUGUGGAAAUUUGCUAUCUGUCAGCGGUGACCCUGUCCUGUCUGCUCAACCUGCUCAUGCUCAUGAGGUCCAUGGUCCUGCACAGGUCUAAUCUGAAGGGACUGUACAGAGGAGAUGUCUUUAAUGUGUAUAACUGCCACAGGAGCAUCCGACCGUCCCGGCCCGCGCUGGUCUGCUGGAUGGGCUUCACCAGCUAUCAGGCCUCCUUCAUCUGUCUCGGCAUGGUGAUCCAGACUCUGGUGUUCUUCAUCUGCAUUCUGUUCGCUGUCUUCCUCGUCAUCAUCCCCAUCCUGUAUGGCACCAAUCUCAUGCUGUUCCACAUUAUCGGCAGCAUGUGGCCCUUCUGGCUGAUGCUGUUCCUGGCUGUGCUGAUCCAGCAUCUGACCUCCAGGUUUUUGUUCGUUAAGAAGGACGCAGGAACAAGAGAUCUGAACAACAGAGGAAGUCUGUUUCUUCUCAGCUACAUGCUGUUCCUAGUUAAUGUCAUGGUUGGUGUUAUAGUGGGCAUUUGGAGGAUAGUCACCACUGCCCUUUUCAACAUAGUCCACUUAGGACGCUUGGAUAUCAGCCUUCUCAACCGCAACGUUGAGCCGUUUGACCCAGGAUACCGCUGCUACGCUCAUUACCUGAAGAUUGAGGUGAGCCAGUCUCACCCCGUGAUGAAGGCCUUCUGCGGGCUGCUGCUGCAAACCUCAGGCCAGGACAGUGUGUCCGCGCAGAGGAUGAGAGAUGCUGAAGAAGGUAUUCAACUGGUCCAGCAAGAGAAGAAGCAGAACAAGGUGUCCAACGCCAAGCGGGCGCGAGCGCACUGGCAGCUCCUCUACACACUGGUCAACAACCCGUCUUUGGUGGGCACCAGGAAACAUUUCCAGCACCAGAGCUCUGAAAGCUUCAUCAACGGAGCCCUCAACCGGACCACCAAGGAGGGCAGCAAAAAGGAAGACAGCAUCAAGGAGCCUAGCAAAGAAGCAGAAAGCGCCGCCACCAACAACUGAGGACUGAACAUCGCCAUGCGGA